AUGGCAUCACAAGCUCCCCUCCUCGUCCCAGGACAGCCCCUCCCCGCAUCCUUCAUCGCCCCUCCCCUCCCACAAGCCGGCCCAGGCUGCUACGAGUACCAGGGCAAGAUCCUCGCCAGCGUCGUCGGCCGCCCUCACCGCGAUGGAGCUGUUGUCAGCGUGAUUGGAAAGGCGGAGGCAGGUGCUGUGCCCGACAUUGGAGCUGUUGUCAUCGGACAACAGGCGCACAUUGUUAUCCAGAUUGUCAACAACCGCCCCGUCGCCGAGUCGAGCGAGGAGCUCACCGGCGUUGUGCGCGUGGCAGACAUUAGGUUGACAGAGCGUGACAAGGUCAAGAUUGGCGAGUGCUUCCGUCUCGGUGACAUUGUCAAGGCCAAGGUGCUCUCCCUUGGUGACGCGCGUAGCUACUACCUCUCGACCGCAGCCAACGAGCUCGGUGUGGUGUAUGCGACAUCUGAGGAUGGCCACCCCCUUCUCCCUGUGUCGUACCAGGAGAUGGAGGACCCCCAGACCGGCAAGACUGAGAAGCGAAAGGUUGCCAAGCCUGAAGGCGUGUAA